AGCUGGUGCCAGGAGCGCCCGGCCGGUCCCGCGUCUGCGGCGGUGGCGGUGGCGGCGGGUGCGCCGAGGGUGUGUGUGCGCGCCCCGACCGCCCAGUGUGCGCCCGCCCGGGGGUGUGCGCGCCCCGGCCCCGGAGAGAGCGCCCCGAGGCUGCGUGGCCCCGAAGCCCCGCCGUGUGCCGCCCCGGACGCCUCCCCGCCCCUGGCUCCCGCCGCUCGCCGAGAACUUCCUGAAGAACUUGGCAGACUUGUUGGAUGAAGAGAACCCGAGGUUGACGGUCAGCAUUCCCUAAGAUGGAGAAGACAGAUGCCAAAGACCAAUCAUCUCUGGGAGCUGAAGAGAAAGACCCUCCCAAGAGCCAUCUUUACUCUGUGGAGACCCCGUAUGGCUUUCACUUAGACUUGGACUUCCUCAAGUACGUGGAUGACAUCGAGAAGGGAAACACCAUCAAAAGGAUUCCUAUUCACAGAAGGGCCAGGCAGGCCAAAUUCAGCACCUUGCCCCGAAAUUUUAGCCUUCCAGACAGCGGGACUCGGCCCCAUGCUGCUCUCCCUCACCAAACAUGGUCCCCAGUGGUCCCCAGGAAGAUGUUCUUCAGGACAGAGGGAACCCAGUCAUUGCCACUUGGUGAGGCAGCCUUGGCCGGUGUGGGAGAAGUGAGCUACCACAGGAAGGCCCUAUUGGCAGAGACUGCCAGGCAGUUAGAGGCUGCUGCUUCGGAAGAUGCUGAGGUGGCCUCAGGGAGUGGGCGCCCCCAGCUUUUGAGAGCUUCCAGCAUGCCAGCCGCACUGCUGCAAAACAGGGCCUGUGAAGACCCCAGCUUAAGCUCCAGUGCCCCCAUCGCUCCCACUCUCCCUCUGCUUCAAGACACUGUCUGCAAUGGCACCUUUGGCCCCGCAGAAGGGUUUGCAGGCUUUCACAUCUCCACCCCACAGGCGUCCGUCCAGCUGAAAGUGAGAGAGUUUGGAGACAUAGCGCCAGGCUUCCCAGAGCUGGUCCGGGAGGGGACUGAGCCUCUGAAGGGUAAAGAGGAGGUCUCCAAUCACCUCUCUCUCCUGGGUCCCCCUGCAUCAACCCAGAGGGCACUUGCUCUAGAGAUGACCAAUGAUGGGCUUACGACCAGAGAUGCAGAAGUAGUGGUCACUUCUGGAUCCCCAACUCCAAGCCCCCCACCUCUCCCAUCACCCAUCCCUGACAGUGAGCUCCCCCUGGAAGAAAUUGAGCUCAGCAUCAGCGAGCUGCCUCCUCCACCACCUAUCGAUGUCGACAUGAGAAGCAUUGGCAUCCGGGUCACGGAGGAAAGUCUGGGCCUUGUCAGCAUGGACCCUGGCAGCAUCUCCAGCCUGAAGCAACAGCUCUUAGAUCUUGAGGGCGAGUUGUCCAAAAGAACUGAGGAACUGACUCAGGUCCAAACUACCCUCCAGCAGCAGGAAGAAGAAAUCAAGACCAAGGGGCAAAGGAUUCAAGAACUAGAGUGCACCAUAGCUCAGCUGGCAGCAAAAGUUAGCCACCAGGACACCAAAGAUGCUCAGGGCCAGACUGACACCAUGGUCAACACGGACCCUGACCAUGGAGCCUCGCCCAGGGAGUCAUGUGACAAGAGCACUGCGGUGAACUUUCUGGGAAGCACAGGGUCUGAAAACUGGGGAGCUGGAGAAGAAAAUGGUCUCCUAGGAGGGCGGGACAGUAGCAAAGAAGGGGGUCAAGGUCUGGUGGAACUCGUCCUGCCACUCCAGCCGCCACUGCCACAGGGACCCGAGAUGAUCCGCCCUUCUUCUUUCUAUAGCUGCCUCUCUACUGAACUCAGGAUCGAAGAAACGGGCUGUGAGCAGGAGGGAGACCCUCAACUGGGAACGGAGGGUCUGACCAAGGAAACAGAGGGUUCAUCCUGGAGAAGUAACAGAAAAGACACCCCAGUGGGGAAGGAAGAUGCCAGUUCAGAGAUGCCAGGGAACGAGCACCCAGGAAGGCCUCCCAACUCCCCCGCAGAUGCCACCAUCGGGCAGUAUGUUAAGAAGAUCCAAGAGCUCCUGCAAGAGCAGUGGAGCUGCCUGGAGCAUGGCUACCCUGAGCUGGCCAGUGCCAUCAAGCAGCCGGCCUCCAAGCUCAGCAGCAUCCAGAGCCAGCUGCUGAGCUCUGUCAACCUGCUGCUCUCUGCCUAUUCAGCACAGGCUCCAGAACCCUCCUCCCCAUCUAUGGAGAUCUCCCCGUCAACCAGCCUUAAAUCCAUAAUGAAAAAGAAAGACUGUGGCUUCCGUGCAGGAGGUAAUGGGACCAAAAAGAACCUUCAGUUUGUUGGGGUUAACGGUGGUUACGAAACCACCUCAAGUGAAGAGACCAGUGGUGAGGACAGCUCCUCUGAAGAUUUGUCUGACAGUGAGGCUGAGAAGAAAUGUGACGGCCCAGAGCACAGGCGAGUCAAGGAUGCCAGGCCCAGCUUCCAGGCAGGGCAGGGCCUCGCCGAGGGAUCCCACGGAAUAGGCGGGGAAGGUGGGCCUGGGGAAGAACUCCCCCAACCCAAGGCCAGUCGAUACAAACCUUCUGAAGAAUUUCUUAAUGCAUGCCAGGCACUGAGCCAGCAUCUGCCAGACAAGGAGAUCACCACUGACCAACACUUGAGACAGAGCUUGAACACCGUCAGUCAAGAGUGGUUUCGCGUCUCCAGCCGGAAAUCAUCCAGUCCAGCGCUGGUGGCUGCCUACCUCCACAGAGUUCAGCCUCACUCCCCACACUUCCUGAAGCUGCUUGUCAAUUUAGCAGAUGGCAAUGGGAACACGGCCCUUCACUACAGUGUGUCACACUCCAACUUCUCCAUCGUGAAACUGCUGCUGGAGACAGGUGUCUGCAACGUGGAUCUUCAGAACAAAGCCGGCUACACCGCGGUGAUGAUCACUCCACUGGCUUCUGCAGAGACCGACGAGGACAUGGCUGUCGUAUGGAGACUCUUAAGAGAAGGGAAUGUGAACAUCCAGGCUACUCAGGGAGGCCAGACAGCGCUGAUGCUGGGAGUCAGCCACGACCGGGAGGAUAUGGUCCAAGCACUGCUGAGCUGCCAGGCAGAUGUCAACCUGCAGGACCAUGAUGGAUCGUCGGCCCUUAUGCUGGCCUGUCACCAUGGCAACACGGACAUGGUGCGGCUGCUCCUGGCACAUCCAGCCUGUGACAGCGGCCUGACUGACAAGGCUGGCCGAACCGCUUUGUCCAUGGUUCUGAAAUCACCCGUCCAUUGUGAAAUUGCAGGGCUUCUACAGGCCCACGUGGAGCAGGGCAGGUCCCCAGGGCCAUAGGGGCUGUGACAGAACUGGUGGCUGAGGACAAAAAGCCCCUUUGCUGGACUCUUCCUCAGCUGUGAAGAGGGCAUGGCUCAUAGCCAGAGGGCUGCCCCUGCAAAGAAGAAACUAUGGCAAACGCGCACAUACAUUCCUGCUGUAGAAUUCUGCUCAUUAGGAAGCUUUGUAGUUUUUGCCUUAGGCCAAGUCCUCCCAGAUCACCAGGGCUGCGGAUCAGGGUGCAAGGUGCAGCGUUCAUUGACGUCAUCUAAAAAUCCCAAGCAUCUUCAAUCUUGAAUUCCUGUGACUCUACCCCUUUGUAGCACUGUGUGGUAAGCAGUCAGGAGCACAUUGCUUUGUAAAAAAGCAAUACUUUUUUACAAAGAGUGUUCAAGUCCACCCUACUUUAUUUUAUUUUAUUUUAUUUUUUUGCUUGUUUAUGACCUACUCUAUAUGAAUCUGUCUCACUGAAUAAGCAUGUCUAGAGAAGUUGGAGGUAUAUUUUAAACAGCCACAGUGAAAUUGGACAGAUCCCACUUGGGACCAGUGUUUAGCUGAGGUUAACAGUGAAUCUUAAACUCAGACAGGUUAGGUAGAAGCUCAUUGAUGUCAGUGCCAGAUACACAGCCUUGACUGUUUCCAAGUCAAAAAUUGGCUCUCGUUUUCACUGUGGAAAUUGGAAUUAAUCAGGGAAUCCAGUUCAGUCAAGACCACCGCAAGUAUUAAGCAGAGUUCAGAUCCAUCAGCUAUUCCAAGUCUGCAACAACAACAAAAAAGUUAUUGUCAUUGAAAGGCCAACAAUUUCCUUCCUCCCUGCAUCCAAGGCCUCAUGCUAACCCUGCUCCUUUCCCCCUCAUGGCCCCCUCAUGGCCUGUAUGAGCAAAGCGUGAGCUGCUGUGAGGUUUCUGAAACUCCUAAUUACAGAGCCUACCAUUCAGGGCUGUAGGACUUGUGGCAUCAUCAGCCAUUUGACUGUUCAUUAAGUUUCCACAACCCCAGGAGCCCAUGGGUACAUGGUUCAUGUUAGUAACUCACACAAGAUGACCUACUAAUUUGUUCUUUCUUAAAUUCUCUUUUUUGAUACUUACCUGGCAGGGGAGAUACCAUGAUCACGAAGGUGGUUUUCCCAGGGCGAGGCUUAUCCAUUGCCCUCCGGAUGUGCUGACCCCUGCGAUUUCCCCAAAUGUGGGAAACUCGACUGCAUACUUUGUGGUAGUGGGGGACUGCAUUCGCGCUCUCCCCUGAUUUAAGAAAAAAAAAAUUCUCUUUUUGGGGGGUGGGUGAGGGCAUGGAACAAAGAGAUCCCUUAUUUUAAAAAAGGGGAGGGCAGGGAUAGAUAGCAUAAUGGUUAUACUAAGAGACUCUCAUGCCUGAGGCUCCAUAGAUCCACGUUCAAUCCCCCCAAAAAAAGCAUUGAAGUUCAAUGAGCGUGAGGCUUCACGCUGGAUAUUGAAAAAGCACAAGUUGUCAUUUUGACUCAGAUGCCAAUGUGUCUGGUACAACUUAUGUUAAUCACAACACUCUUUGUUUUCUUUCUUUUCUUUUUAUUUUUUUAACUUUAAUUUUUUUAUUGGAUAGAGACUGACGGAAAUUUAGAGGAGGGGAGAGAUAGGGAGGGCAAGAGACAGAGAGACACCUGCAGCAUAGCUUCGCCAUUUGUGAAGCUUUCCCCCUGCGGUUGGAGACCAGGGACUUGAACCCAGGUCCUUGUGCACUGUAACAUGUGUGCUGUGUCAUCACCAGGCCCCUCUUUUUUUUUUUUUUUUUAUUAUCUUUAUUUAUUGGAUAGAGACAGCCAGAAAUCGAGAGGAAAGGGGGAAAUAGAAAGGGAGAGAGACAGAGAGACACCAUCAACCCUGCUUCACCACUUGCAAAGCUUUCCCCCUGCAGGUGGGGACCAGGGACUGGAACCCGAGUCCUUGUGCAUUGUAACAUGUGCACUCUACCAGGUGCACCACCACCUGGCCCCUUUCUUUUCUAUUUCUUUUUUCUCUUUUUCUUUUUGCUUUUGCUUUUUCUUUCUUUCUUUUUUUUUUUUUUUUUUUUACCAGAGCAUCGCUCAACUUAUGAUUGUGCAGGGCAUUGAACCUGUGACCUUGGAGUUUCAUGUAUGAGUCAAUUUGCAUAAAAUUGUGCCAUCUACCCCUCCCCCAAGUCACAGCACUUUCUUGGGCCUCGGUUUUAUCAUCUCUAAAAGCGGGAACAAUCAUACAGCUUACCCCCUGGAGAUGUCCAACAAGGAACAGCUGAUGGAUGUUUCCUGAUUUAAUGUGUAGUCCAUAAAAAACUGCCUACAGAAGCUGUGUGACAAGCUUCUCUUAGCUAUCGCGAUUCCUAAGAGGCUCAGAGUUACCGAGCAGGACACUGAUGUGUAACGGGGCACCACAGAUGUUGAGAGAAAGGAGCAGAGUAGAGGUAGACAGCAUAACGGUUAUGCAAAGAGACUCUCAAGGGGGCGCUGGCAGGUGGUGCACCAGCUUAAGCGCAAGGACCUGCUCAACGAUUGGGGUCCGAGCCCCCCACGCCCCACCUGCAGGGAGGUCUCUUCACAAGUGGUGAAGCAAGUCUGCAGGUGUCUUAAUCUUUCUCCCUCUAUCUCCCCUCUUCUCUCAAUUUAUCUCUAUCCUAUCCAGUGAAAAAAAUGGCCUCCAGGAGCAGUGGAUUCAUAGAACAGGCACUGAGCCCUGGCAAUAACCCUGGAGGAAGGGAGGGGCUGGGGUAGAGAGCAUAACAGUUAUGCAAAGAUACUUUCAUGUCUGAGUCUCCAAAGUUCCAAGUUCAAUCUGCCACACCACCGUGAACCAGAGCUGAGCA